AUGGUAGACAACCGGGGACCAAAGCUGCAGGCUGUCUGCUCAACAUUCGUUUCAUUUGCCUUCGUGGCCGUCGUCCUUCGUGUCUAUGUUCGUGCUCGUAUCGUGAAGGCUUUUGGGUACGAUGAUGCGUUUAUGGUGUUCGCUCUUCUUUCACACAUAAUGUUCGCCGGUUGCGCAAUCGGCGGUAUCCGCUGGGGGACUGGCAGACAUAUGGACACUCUUUCGAAUGAAGAAAUCUUGAAGGCCUUGAGAUACUGGUGGCUAUGCUACAUUGCUUACUGCUGGGCUAUGAUAGCGUCCAAAAUCUCAAUCGGCCUGUUUCUACUCCGCGUUACAGUCAGUCGCAUACACCGCUAUAUCAUCUACACGGCCAUGGGUUUAACAGUCUUAACUGGCCUCCUCUUCUUCUUCGUCACGUUGCUACAAUGUUCCCCGAUUAGCUUCUUCUGGAACAAGGGCAUAAAGGGCCACUGUCUUUCGAUCGAUGUCAUAAUCGCUCUUACAUUCCUCUACAGCGGAAUCUCCGUUAUCUGCGACUUCACAUUUGCAAUCCUGCCAAUGUUCCUAGUCUGGGGGCUGAACAUGUCCGUAAGGACUCGAGUUGUGCUCAUCCCGGUUUUGGGGAUGGCCUGCGUUGCCAGUGUAGCUGUUGUCGUCCGUCUCGGCUAUGUAAUGGACUUCAAAAACCCCGAUUUCCUCUAUGCCACCGUCAACAUCGCGAUUUGGAGCGACAUCGAACAAGGCCUAGCCAUAACAGCUGGUAGUCUUGCAACCCUCCGACCCCUUUUCCGUCUAAUCGCGUCCAAAUUCGGGUUCACCUCGACCAGUAAUCCGUCUGGGCCGACGAAGCCCUCCGUCAUACGGAACCCACAGUGGAACAGUGUUCCCGACAACGAUGGUCGAAAGAAGCCCUUUUUUUCAAACCUCACCAACCCAAUGCGAAGAUCAGAGAAGGGAUCGACGCGGGAUAACGAGGAGGAGUAUGGGAUGGGAGAUCUGCAACCUAUGAGGUUGAGGGAUGAUCUGGUUGAUGAAGCGUCGAGUGAGAAGAGCGAUAAGGGAUUCAACACAUGGCGGGUACACACCGGCAAGGUCUCGGAUGAAGAGCACCGGGUAGGAACAAUCACCAUGCAGAGCGAGAUCUUCCAAAAAACGGACAGGCGAUAG